AUCCACACUUUUAACAAGAAACGGAUAACACUGCUGCGGAAAUACAUUCAUCCUGCUGAGAACUUCAGGGAUUUGUGCAGUACGCGCGAGGACUUCGUACAGUCUAACUGGACUUGCUUUACACACAUCCUGCACCAGCUGCACUGGUUUUGUGCGCCUCUUUGGGAAAACCCCGGUUUCUGGAUGCCCUGUGCACGGACACGCAGGACAGGGCCAAUGGGAGGCUCCGGAUGGUACUUGGUGGCUACCCUGCUUUUUAGCAGCAUCAUCGUGUCGGAGGCUCGUCCCAGCUCAGAUACGCUCGAUUCUUCGGCCAAUCGACCGCUUGUUAGAUUCCGUCACAAGCAGGAUGGAAUGCCGGAGAGUCUGAGGAUUAAAGGCUUGUAUGGCCACACCAACCCCCCAAACUUCUGUGAGCAUAAAUACUGUGGGCUAGGAAAGCAUUGCGUGGUGGACCACAGGACCGGGCAGGGAGAGUGCCAGUGUCUAGAGCACUGCAAGCCCCACUACAAACCUGUAUGUGGAUCUGAUGGAAAACUGUACCAGAACCACUGUGAGCUGCACCGAGCCUCAUGCCUGGCCCACCAGAGAAUCACCAUCAUACACAGUGAAGAAUGUUUCUACAAAGAUGAUAACUGUCAUCUGGGCGACUACAAGAAACUGAAAAUGAAGGUGUUGGAACUCUGCGCUCAGCGUUACCUCGUACCUGGUGACCAAGAUAGCUACAAAAGGGACAUGGAAUCCAGGAGGCAUGUGGUAGACCUGAUGUUCAGACGCUUUGAUGCUGAUGGUAGUGGGCGGGUGGACAGCAGUGAGAUUUCACAGGUCAUCAAGCAGGAGGGUUUGAGUAAUACAGCAUCAGAGUGCACUCUGUUCGACCUGCUAAAAUAUAACGAUGUCUCUGAUGAUGAGCACCUUACUAAGGAUGAGUUCUACACUGCUUUUGAUGUGUAUCAGCUAAGCCUUGCUGAGGAGGAGAAGCUAAGUAUUACCACAGUGACAGUGGGUCAAAGUGUGGUACUGACGUGUGCUAUCGUGGGAGAAAGGCGGCUGCCAAUCAUCUGGAGACGUAACAAUCACACACUGAACUCACUGCAGCUGGAGGAUAUCAGUGAUUUUGGAGAUGAUGGGAGUCUGUAUAUCACCAAAGUGACCACCACUCAUAUGGGGAACUACACUUGCCAUGCUGACGGCUAUGAGCCGCUGUUCCAAACACACACUUUGCAAGUAAAUGUUCCACCUGUUAUCCGGGUGUAUCCAGAGAGCCAGGCACGGGAACCUGGGGUCACUGCCAGUUUGAGGUGCCAUGCCGAGGGUAUUCCUGAUCCACAGCUCUCCUGGCUGAAGAAUGGCAUGGACAUUUCUACUAAACUCUCCAAACAACUCACACUACAAGCUAAUGGGAGCGAGGUGCACAUCAGUAACGUUCACUUUGAGGACACUGGUGCGUACACCUGCAUCGCCCGUAAUGAAGCUGGAGUGGAUGAGGACAUCUCAUCUCUUUUUGUGGAGGAUUCUGCACGCAAGACAUUGGCAAACAUUCUUUGGAGGGAAGAAGGUCUGGGGAUUGGAAACAUGUUCUACGUUUUUUAUGAGGAUGGUAUCAAAGUGAUCCAGCCAGUGGCCUGUGAAAUCCAGAGGCACAUAAAACCCAGCGAGAAGCUGCUCGGCCUCCAGGAGGAAGUUUGCCCAAAAGUAGGAGAUGAGAAGGAGCAGAAAUGUGUUUGGGCAUCAGCUAUAAACGUGAAGGAUAAAUUCAUAUAUGCUACCCAACCAAUGCUGAACAGAGUGCUCAUCGUAGAAAUCCAAACCCAAAAAGCAGUUCAGACUGUUCGCACAGAUCGAGUCCCAGUACAGGUUCAUUAUGAUAAAUCUCAUGACCAAGUGUGGGUGCUGAGUUGGGGAGAUCUGGAGAAGAACUUUCCAACCCUUCAGGUCAUCAAGCAGGCCAGUGGCAGCACGUCCCACCACACAAUCCAUACCCCGCCCGUUGGCCGUCGAUUUGACAGAGUAGAUGACUUCUUCAUCCCUCCAUCCAGCCUCAUAAUCAAUCAUAUAAGGUUUGGAAUGAUUCUUCAUAAAAAUGAACCAGCACUGCAUAAGAUUGACCUGGAGACUACCUCUGAUGUGAAGAACAUCAGCUUACAUGAGUACGACUGUAUCCCACAGUCCCUGGCCUACACCCACCUGGGAGGCUAUUAUUUCGUCAGUUGUCACCCAGAUUCAACCGGCGCUGUUCACCCCCAGCUCAUUGUUGACAGUGUAACAGACAAUGUGAUAGGUCCUAACAGCGAUGUCAGUGGCACUCCUUACAUCUCCCCUGAUGGCCACCACCUAGUGACUGUCGACGACCGGGGCGGCAUGCUGCGUCUACAGUCUAUUUCGGUGCGUGGCGAGAUCGGCAAGCCCUUCGACAUCCACACCAACCUGCACCUGUCCGACCUGGCGUUUAUGCCCUCGUUCACUGAGAUCCACCAGUACAACGUGUUUGGAAGCUCAGGUCAGCAGACUGAUGCCCUGUAUGUAGAGCUUAGCAGUGGCAAUGUCAAAAUGAUUAAGAGCCUGAAGCAGCCCAUAGCAACAUCUCAGUGGCGCUGGGACCAGAAGAACCGCAUUAUGACAGCAAGCGGACUGUUCGGACAGUACCUCAUGACUCCCUCUCAGAGUUCCCUAUUUAUACUAGAUGGGUGGUUGGACAAGCUCAACUGCGAAAUCACUGAUGUACCCAUGGGGAACAUUGUGGUGUGGGUCGGGGAAGCUUAG